AAGAUAAUUUAGUGGGAAAACAAACAAGACAACCAUCCAGAGAGAAGCGAACUAAGCAAAGUGAGAAACGGCGCAAAGUUAUGGAAGAGGAAAAAGCGGCGGCAUACUACGACGAGCUCACGCGUAAAGGAGAAGGAGCUGCUCGAUUCAAGCAAGGCCUCGGCUUCUCCUCCGGUGCAGACGUCGUUCCGGAGAGAGGAUCGGCGAUCGCAUCGUCCUCUUCGUUUCUCAACCAAUUCGUCAAGGCUUCUUCCAACCCUACUAAAUCCACUGAAAACAAAGAUUCCGAGAUCCGAACCACCAGAGAUAAAUUGAAGAAGGAUCAGCAACAUCCUAGGGUUCCGGAGAAGAGCUCCAGAGAAUCGAGUGAACGGCGUCAUUAUCGGAGUAGAGAGAGGGAUGAGAGAGAUAAAAGUCAUACAAGGAGAAGAAGCAGGAGCAGGAGUUCAGAGAGGCGGAAUAGGUAUGGAGAUAGAGAUAGUCGGAGGAGGAGGAGGAGCCGGAGCAGGAGUUCGUCGCCGCCGAGGAGAGAAAGUAGGAGGAGGGAAGAUGUUAAGGAGAAGAAGAUUGAUUACUCGCGGUUAAUCAAAGGCUACGAUGAGAUGUCAGCUGCUGAAAAAGUGAAAGCCAAAAUGAAGCUCCAGCUUGAUGAAACUGCUGAGAAAGAUACCAGUAAGGGUGCAGGAUGGGAAAGAUUUGAUUUUGACAAAGAUGCUCCAGUUGAUGAUGAGGAAGUAGAAGAAGGUACUGAUGACGACGCUGCCUUAGUCAAGCGAAUGGGACAUAGUUUUAGGUUUUCCGCCAUCGAGGCGAAAAGGGAAGAGCAACUAAAAACCGCACACGAUGAGGCCAUGUUUGGAGCACCCACAUUCCAAACUCAUACCGAUAACACCGAAUGUGAUGUUACAGUGAAUACUAAUGUUAAGGACGAUGAAGGAGAAAGCAAGAGUGGCACGAUAAGUCUUCUAAGUGAAAAGGUGCUUGCAAAACAGCAAGGAUCUUGGCGUGACAGAGCUCGAAAGUCAUGAAAUUCUUAUAUACAAUGGAACUAUGGAAGUCAUGAUGAUUAAUGUAGUUUAUAGCUGACAAAGUAUUGAUCGUUUUGUUUCUUGUAGAAAUUUUGAUGUGGUUGAAAGUGAUUUUACUCGUAACUGCGAUAGAAAUUUUUUUGUGUGAUCCAUAUACCAUAUAUAGUU